AUGGCGCCCAACCUCUUUGUUGCUACUCAAAAGGCCUUUUUGCCACACAAAUGGUUCAAAUCCAGCAAGGCCGACCUGUCCAGGGUUGUUGAAGAGUGGACCAGCCCAGUCCCUGGCCAGUACGAGAGCAUCCCCGGUCGAGGCUGGUUCUUGAUCGCGACUCUCAAGGACGCAUCCAAGCCAGGGGGCAAUGGCAAAUCAACCAUUAAGGGAUCUGAUGGGAAAGACUAUAUUCCCUUGGAGACGCCCAUCCCACUCAAGUAUUCCCAUGCACUCGGUCGCUACUUUCUGGAGCCAGAGUUCUACAAGCGGAAGAAGACCGUCAUGAUCAAAGACGACAAAGGCAAAGAAGUCCGAGCCGGUUUCUUCCGCGUCGACGACGUAGCAUGGGUCAAGUGCUGGGACGAACACGACACCUUCAUCCCCGGCAACGCCAACGGCGCAGCCGGCUACCAACGCUGGGUCCUCGACGCUCAAACCCAGCAGUUCCGCCACAUGAUCAAGCGCGAUGACCCAAACUACGUCCGCUCCCGCAGAAACUCGCCCGCCCGCGACACCGACAACCGCAGCCAAGAAUCCGUCAGCACCGAGUUCCGCCCUAGUCGUCCCAGCAGCACAAAGAAUGGUCUCAGCGUCGCCAGCACCCGCGCAAAUAGCAUCCGCUACCAACCCUCGACGCCCACGUCCAACGCACCCAGCCAACGCCCUUCGCGCCAGAAUAGCCCAAAACGCAGCGAUAGCAUCCCGCUCGAGGAGGCCAAAGCCGCCCUGCGUCGCUUGGCCCGCGAGCACGAAGAAGCGGCCGCUGCCCUGGCCCGAUCCCGCAUGAAGCGCACUGACUCUAAAGAUCGCGUUGAGCAGAUCGAACGCGGUCGUGUUUCGGAGCGUGUGGGCUGA